AAGUAGUGGCAACAGUUAGUGCUCUUCCAGUGUCCAAUAGUUAGCCAUGUCUGGGAACAAGGAAAAGUGGUCUAGACCAAACUCAGUUCCCUUGCCUACAGUAUGGAGGCAGUGCAGCGGUCUAAGGGAGACGCCGGAUGGCACGGUACCAGAAUUUCGAAUUCAAGAUGUUCCGGAACACAUGCAUGAAGAUAUCGUCAACUUCAUGACAACUCACUUCUGCAGGGACGAAGUAACAUGCGCCUGCGUCAGGAUACUUGAGGACCCUGUGUCAACUGCAGAACUGCAAGACAUAUGGAGGAUGAUGCUGAAGCAAAACGUGUCACUUGUGGCUAUCGUGGGGCAUAACGAAGAAGAGAAUCCGCCAAAAAUCGCAGGUUGCAACAUCAUGGGAGUCUCGUUCAAGGACGAGAACCAUACAAGUGAUAUGUUCAAAGGAUUACGCCUCAGAAACAUAUCAAGAUUCGUUUUGGAUCUCGUAUCAGAGAGAGUCAAUAUGUACGAGCACUAUGGUGUGGAGGAAUACAUGUCAGCCCUGGGUCUCUGUGUCGAUCCAGUGUUUCGGUGUCAAGGACUUGGGCUGGAGUUACUCAAAGCCAGGUUCGACCUGGGUAAAGCCGUGGGUCUGAAAGCCACUACGACUGUCUUCACUGCAGAAGCAUCUCAGAGACUGGCGCACAAAUUGGGAAUGGAAGUAUUAACAGAAAUUUUGUAUGAAGACUGUAAAAUAGAUGGAAAACCAGCAUUUCCGAACAUUAAAGGUAAAUCAAUGAAGGCCAUGGGGAAAAGAAUUGAGUGAUAAUACUUCUGAUAAGAUCCCAAAUAGACCGGAAUAAUUACGUAACACAAUUUAUAUUUCUUUUCACGAAACUUUAAGGUUUGUUGUCAUUUCCAGUGGUUAAUAUUUCUUUUCAUGACACUUUAAGGUUUGUUGUCUUUUUCAAUGGUUGUGUUCAUCUGCCAGUGUUUUCCGUGUUGUUUUCCAUGAUGUAUUGUUAAAGAAAAACCAAGAGUAUAUUGUGUAGCUUCAAGUGUUCAAGAGA